AUUCGUUUUAUCCCCGUUUCAUUUGCACCGGAAUUCCCGUCUUCUGCAACAACUCCCAGCUUCCGGCUUCUCACGCAAGGUCUAGACUCUAUCUAGACUUUACCCCACGAGACACUUCUUCCGAGGACCGGCAUCUUUCUCGUUGCUACGUCGACGUCACGGGGUUGGCCUCGUCUCGCAGCUCCCACAUCCCAACGUGGACUAGACCUAGGACUUUACCCGGCAUUGAUUCUCGGAGACCGAGACAGCUUUGUCCGUUGUGCGCUUCUCAUUGUCAUCACUUAGACUCUGCAUCCGGAUCUCUAGAAACUCCAACAUUCAACUCUUCCAUCAUGGCUUCAGCAACCCUCCAGCGCCUCGUGCGCUUCGUCCCCAAGUCAAACCCCUCCAAGAUCCUCAUCGGCCAGCCUGCCGACAAGGAUGUCGAUGUUGGCGCUGCCAUGCGCAAGGGCCUCGAAGUUGCCGUCAAUGUCUUCUCCGGCUCCUCCGUUCUGUCUCCUGGAAACGACACUGGCUCGACCGAGACCAUUGGCCGAGUCCUCUCGCCCCUGGCUCAAAGCGAGGUUGGCACCAUUCGAUGUAUCGGCCUAAAUUAUAAGCAGCAUGCCAUCGAGGUCAAGAUGGACAUCCCAACCAUUCCCACAGUUUUCAUGAAGCCAAACACUUCCCUCGGUGACCCUUGGCCCGCCCCCACGAUCCUACCGAAGCUUACUCAGGUCGAUGACUGCGGAGACUACGAGUCCGAGCUGGCGGUUGUCAUCGGAAAGACGGCCAAGAAUGUCAGCGAGGCUGAUGCCUUAGACUAUGUCCUGGGAUACACUGCGUGCAACGACGUCUCAAGCCGUACUUCUCAACUCAACCAGUCUCAGUGGUCCUUCUCUAAGGGCUUCGAUGGAGCGUGCCCCAUUGGACCGACUCUCGCUCUCAAGUCUCUGGUCCCUGACCCGUCAAAGUUGUGGAUGAGGGGCCUCAAGAAUGGUACCGUCCUCCAAGACUGCGGCAUUGAUGACUUGAUCUUCAGCGUCCCCAAGCUUGUUAGCUUCCUGUCUCAGAGCACUACUCUGCCUGCCGGAACCGUUAUCAUCACAGGAACUCCUGCUGGUGUAGGAUUGGGUCGGAAACCCAAGGAGACUCUUCGCGAUGGCGAUGAAUUCGCAGUUGAGAUUUUGCCCCAUAUCGGAACCCUCGUCAAUGUGUUUGAGAAUGAAAAGUAAAGUAAUUGAUCUGCAUUAGGUGGAGAGGCUACAUAUAUAGAUCUCACAAUGUACAUCUACAAAUACACAUAGACCAUUGCAAUCCAAAAGCAAUACCGUUAGAUGUACUGAGUACUCGCAGUGUGUAUUCUAGAUUGAGAGGGACGUUGUAAAAUGAGACAAUUCAUAAUGUCAGCUGCGGUACUUGUAUAUGCUUUGUUGGAGUUUAUCUAGUCAUCAGCACCAUAUUUCAUAAACUCCCUAGGGUUAAUCAUUC